AUGCAGUUCCAGGCGAUACUGUCGCCCUUGUUUCGUCGGGGCGACAUGACGAUCGGGGUUGCUGGCGGCUCUCGAGCUGCUAGCCGCAAUUCGCGAUCUGCCAAAUUUAGCACCUCUAAAUUGCUGAACAACCAGUAUGGUAGCAGCAGUGCAACAAGUGGAUCGCAGCUUGGUGGCCAGCCUUUAAACGGACCAGCACCGGGAAGCAGUUCAGGGAGAGGUGAUAUUAAGCAUCGGUUCGAAAUCAUUAAAAAAUUAGGUUCAGGUACCUACGGCAAAGUAUCGCUCGCCUAUGAUCACAAAACAGAAAGAGAAGUAGCCGUAAAAUUGAUCAGAAAAAGUGCCAUCGAGAAUAAACAAGAUCUCGUGAGGAUACGUCGUGAAAUUCGCAUAAUGUCAGCGUUAAAGCAUCCCAAUAUCAUUCAAAUAUAUGAAGUUUUUGAAAACAAAGACAAAAUUAUAUUGGUGAUGGAGUACGCAAGUGGCGGAGAACUUUACGACUACGUCAGCACAUAUGGGUCACUACCUGAAGCCGAAGCCAGGAGAAUUUUUCGCCAAAUUACCUCAGCUGUACUAUAUUGUCAUAAGCAUAAAGUUGCUCAUCGAGAUUUAAAAUUGGAAAAUAUAUUGCUUGAUGCAGAUAACAAUGCCAAAAUUGCUGAUUUUGGUCUUUCGAAUUAUUUUUCUGAUAAAAGUUUACUCUCCACGUUUUGUGGCAGUCCGCUAUACGCAUCACCAGAAAUUAUUAAUGGUACGCCGUAUCGGGGACCUGAGGUUGACUGCUGGAGUCUUGGUAUACUUUUGUACACUCUUGUUUACGGGUCUAUGCCAUUUGAUGGUAGAGAUUUUAAUAGAAUGGUUAGGCAAAUCAAAAGAGGGGCUUAUUUUGAACCGGAUACACCAUCAACAGCAUCCAUGUUAAUACGAAAUAUGUUGCGUGUGAAUCCUGAACGAAGAGCUGAUAUUGAUGAUAUUGCAAGCCAUUGGUGGCUUAACCUGGAAGAGAAUAUGCCUGUAAUACAGGAACUGCCAGAAAAUCAAAUUAUUGAUCACACACCACUAACAGAACGAGCAGAAACUAUGGUUGUACAAGACCUUGCUGACGAAACCGACGUUUUUAUGGACUUCGGCCACUUAAGUGCCAAUACAAGAAAGAAAAUUGAAGAGUUUCGGAGGCGUAGGAUCGAAGCUGAGGAAUACAACGAAUCUUCACCUAUUAAACCUCCAAAAACAAGGAAGACGGACGGUAGAGAUUCUAAGAAGGAACUUACCAGUAUUGAAAAAAGUUUGCGUCAUGAUGUUCCUCCCAAACAAGAAGAACCAAAACCAACAUUUGAAGAACUUAAGAACAGAUUUGCUGAUCCAUUAGAAAGACUUAAGCAGUUAGAAAACCGUCUACAAACCGGCGCGUUGGGUGACAAAGGAAUAACAUCCCUUCCCACAACGGUAUUGGAACAGGUAGAAUCUGGGCCGGUUAGUAUGAAUUUGAUUGCUCGAAUAAAAAAUCAUCCAUAUUAUGAAUCAAGACAGAUGGUUAAGGAACUGCUGGAAUCAAUUAUUGCAGCUCAGCCACCCGCUGUCCAGGAACAAGCGACUAAAGUUAUACAACAACACUCUCAGGAUCUUCUCCAGAAGCAGCAAUUGAAUGCUAGCACCAAGAAGGAAGUUGAAGCUGAAGAAAAGAAAACAAAAAAGAAUGAAUCGGCUGAAAGCGGUACAACUGUAACUGCAAAUGUUCGGGCGCAAAAGCCAGAAGCCGGUGCCAAAGAGUUGACAAAACCACAGCAGAGGACCAUGUUUGAAGGAAGAACGUGGCAUAGUGUGGAGGUUGGUUUCGAUCCUGAUGAGGAUAUGGAAACUGGACAGGAUAGUCGUCGUCAAUCAGUUAAUACUGACGCUACUGAAGAGACAGUCCAGGACACUUCAUUUGAGGAUGAGAGUGAAGAGGAGCUUCAGUUUACGAAAACCGAAAGGAAAUCGCAAGAGGAGAAAACUGCAACACCAGAUGCAACAAAUGAUGAGAGAGCUGGUCGUCAAACUACCGAAACGGGUAAUGAGGUUAUUAAUAAAGUCAAAAAGCCGGAUCAUGAUGAUGAAGGAGAUGAAGAAGAAGAAGAAGAGGGAGAAGAAGAGGACGAGGCGGAAGAUGAAGAGGAGGAAGAGGAAGAAGAGGAAGAAGAAGCUGUCGGUGAAUAUCACGCUCAGAUUGAUGCACUUGGCAAGGAAGUAGAACAGGUUGAAGAAGACGAAGACAACACCUCAUUUGCCAGUGCUGUGUCUCAUGUGAACAGCGAACCGAACCCUCCUCCAGAUCCACCUUCACAGUCCAAUGGAUCGCAAUUUCUGGAGCCGUUUGACAGAGGUUUAAUCAAACGUCAAAGCAAAGGAAAAUAUCAGCAUAGUAAAGUUGAACAUUAUGGAAGAGGUGUUUCGACGGAGUGUGAAAGUCCAACUUUCAUGCACCGCCGGAUUGGUGGUCCACAACCAACAAUUGAAAGAUCACCGUUCUUAUUCGACAAACUUAUCCAAAUUGGAAAAAAUAAUGUCGACUGUGUCAAAAAACUUUUCAAAUACACUUUUGCGACAGUAAAACUGUAUAUUAUGACAUACCCUAAAUACCUUGAUGACAGUGAUGACGAAUUUCCGGAGAAAUUCAGUAAGAAAAAUAAGGAGAAAAAAAUGAACUGGUUAAAAACACAAGAUCCGGACGUGCCAGAAUCUAGUGUGGAGAAUCAGCCCGAAUCAUCCAAUCCAUCUGCAAGUUUGGAUAAAUUCUCAUCUGCGCGAUCACAAGCUGUUGGUGGGACUAAGUCAGAAGAUGAAGAAGUCUCAGGUUCAGAGGGCGAAGAGGAAGAAGAAGAGGAAGAAGAAGAAGAAGAAGAAGAAGAGGAAGAGGAGGAAGAAGAGGAGGAAGAAGAAGAGGAGGAAGUAGUUGAAGCAGAAGCGGGCAAGAAGGACAAAGAAAAUAAACGAGACUCUGACCAAAAAAAAGCAGGUUCAAGCAGUUCUAGUCGUAAGGAAGACAUUGAUAGAAAGGAUGAGAAAUUUCAUGUACAGCCUGCAUUGUCUGCGCCAAAUUCUCGUGACAUCACAAACACCAGUCUGACAUUUCCUCCGAAUGCCACCACCAUUGGUCAGGCGACAGUUUCAAUAGUUUUGAAAACACCACCACCAAAACGAAAUUCGGUAAUCUCAGCAAUGCAAAGCGCACCAGCUAGCAUACAUAAUACACCCUCACCAGAGCCGAACAAUACGGUACAAGUGGCAACCUCAAGUACAGAAGAUUCAAAACCAUAUGUGCAUGUGGGAGAUUUGAAGGUUUCUGACUCUAAACCAGAUCGCUUGCAGACAUCGGUUGUCCCUCUUAAUUUUGGAGGCAAUAUUGCUGUUACAAAAUCAGCGUUAGAAAGGAAAGCUACCGAAAGAGAAGCAAGAAGAUAUAUUCCUCAUCAUGCAGAAAAUGAACGCUUUUAUCCAAGAAGCCCUUCACCAGCUACAGUCACACAAGAUAAGCAUGAUGUUGCCGGUGAAACUGGAAUUCAAGCUUGGGAAUCUGCAGCUUCCUAUAUAAGAAGAAGAAACAGAGAACGACGACUAAGGAAUCGAACGAUUGGGACACCUGAAGAUGUUUUGAGGAAUGUAAUGGAGUAUCGCGAUUAUGCUUCAAACGCUGGAGCAGGGUUGAACGCAAACAAAGAGCGGUCCUCGGUUUCAGAAGCAGCCCCGUCGAACGAAGAUCCGAAUUUACCAGCUAGAGCAACUUCUCCGUUAUCUGGAAUCACUUUACGCAACCUAGGCACUACUGAUCCGUUCUACCAUCACACUCGCCCAGUUUCUAUCGCAAGCACUAAAGAUUCUGUUAUUAGUGGUAAUCCUGCUGGCUCCUUGUUCAAUUUUGUUCGACCCCGUUACCAUGAUGAAAGUUAUCGGAGGCGAGAUAUUGAAAACGAACCUCCUUCUCCUUCUCGUUUUAACUUGGAAAACAAUCAAACAACUUUGUCACAUACUGAUAAGAACAAGUCUAAAUCCAUUCAUGAUUUAACACCAGAUCGGCCAGAAAGUACGGUUACGACGACAGCACACACUUCACCGUGGUAUGGGACAGGAACAACUCAUCAUUACGGUGCACGUUAUGAAAACGAACCUGUCUCUUCCUAUAUCGGUUCUUCGUUUCAACCUGAGAGCAAAAGAUUCCAUGUUUAUCAAACAAGAGCCGAGAGGGAGGCUGAAAGGAAUGCUGCGCUAUCGAAUUUACAUCCACCUUCAACGUUUAGGACAGGAUCGGCUUGGUAUACUGGAAAUGAUCGUCCCCUUACUUCAUACACUCCAGGAUCAUAUCGGUCUCGUUUUGACGACAAUUUCAUAUACAGAAGAAGUGCUUAUGACGUAGAACGGCCAACAACUCCAACUCCUAUAGGAGAAUCAACAAACUCUGGCACGACUGCUGCAAGUUCUUCAACGCAACCACCUCAUGAUCGUGGCGGAGGCGGAGUAGGAGGAUUGUUCUCCAGAUUUAGACCAGUUGCUAGAAGAGUUGCUUCUGCAGUUGGAAAUUCUGAACGUCGUAAUUCGCGCUCCCAAAGCAUGGAUCGAAAAACGUCAGCCACUGAGGAUAACGAAUAUCGUGCAAAUCUUCGCAACAGGCUGGUAACACCUGAAGUAACUACCGAUAGAGCAGAAUACAGUUAUAUAAAUUACUAUGACACGUCCUCAAAUGCUGGGUCAGUUCCACGUGAGCCUGAUCAGACUCGGAUGCCUUCGCGAGGGAUUUUAAAAAAUAAACAGAGUGCAGAUCUGGAGCCGCGUGCGGCAACGACGCCGAUUUCGGAAAACGGUCGAGGGUUGGUUGGAGGGAAAGACCGGUCACCGGCGACGUCGGGAGUGAAAAACAUGUUGGAUCGGCUGAAACGACGUCUGUCGACAGAGAAGAGCCUGAGUCCAGCACCGCAGGAACCCUUGGGUCAUAUUCACACGCAGCAAGGAUCCUCCGUCGGGCUUCGGCACCGCUUCGGCUUGGGUACCGGCCUGGGGAAUUCUCGCGAAGGUUUCCACGGGCCUAACGAGCUCGCCUAUAGUAACUUUAACGAAGGCCGGAAAACACCAGCAAAAGUAGAGGAAGCAAAAGUGAAGAAACGAUCGUUUCUAAAUCUUGGCAGAAGGAAAACUGCAGAAAUCAGCAUAGGUGCUGAUGGAAAAAUAGUUACUUCGGGGGUUGAUGACGAUUUGAAACGUCCAUCUUCGCCAAUUGAGAAAAUUAAAUCAUUUUUCCGCAAAAGUAAAGAAAACACUUCGGCAAACGACCACGGCAACAAUCAGAGUAAUGUGAACACAAAUAAUAAUAUAAAUAAUAAAACUAUAAAUAAUAAUAUUAGUGUUAGCAAUAAUCCAUCAACAAUAACGAGUAAUUCUGCAUAUCCGCACCUAAGAGACUAUGUUCGUUAUUCACCAGUCGAAUCUCAACCUUCGACGACAAACAGAUACGGGUUGACAGACAAAGUAUUUGGUGUAUAUCCGUCAUCUAAUCUUUCGCCAAUUGCUGCAAGAGAUAGCUACGCAUCACAGUACAGGAAGUACACAGGGAGUAUAAACGGGAAUGUAUCGAAGAAUUUGAAUCGAUACAGCUAUACUCCGGGGUACGGCAGCGAUAGACCGAUGCGGCACUGGUAUGAAGAAUCCCAUUUAUAUUAA